AUGGAGAUCUUGUCUUCGAUAUUCGACGAAUACGACUAUCAGUACGAUAAUAAUUUAUCACCAUCAGAUGAUUCCGUGUACGCAGAAGAGCUUCAGCUUCAAGAAGCUCUCGCCGCCUCUCUACACAUAUCAUCAUCAUCAUCAUCAUCAAGAAACCACCACGCCACGUCAUCAUCAAGAAACAACCAUGCCACGUCAUCAUCAAGAAACCACCACGCCACGUCAUCAUCAAGAAACAACCAUGCCACGUCAUCAUCAAGAAACAACCACGCCACGUCAUCAUCAAGAAACCACCACCACGCCAUGUCAUCGUCAUCUUCAUCCACUCGAAUUAUUUCAUGCGAAAUAUGCACGGAAGACAAGCGAAAAUCGGACAUGCACAAAAUCGAGGGCUGCGACCAUUCGUUCUGCCACGACUGCAUAUCGAAGCACAUCCAAUACAAGCUCCAACAGAACAUAGCAAACAUCCCUUGUCCCUACCAAGGCUGUCCAAACAUGAUCCAACCGAAUAAUAACAACGGGUCGUCUCUAAUUAGGUCUAAAAUCCCGCAAGAAGUUUUCGACCGGUGGGAGAAGGCGAUAACCGAGUCAACCAUUCUUGCUUCUUCGGAGGAAAUAAUCCACUGCCCUUACGAGAAAUGCUCGGAGAUUCUCGUUAUCGAAAACGGCGGUAACGUAAUAACUGAAACUGAAUGCCCUAGGUGUCAUAAAUUGUUCUGUGCAAAGUGUAGGGUUUCUUGGCAUCACGGAUUCGACUGUCGAGAUUUUCAGAGAUUGGAUCGAAACGAUAAAGAGAAGAGGAAGUUGAGGUUGUUGGCGAAAGAGAACAAGUGGAAGAAAUGCCCUAAUUGUAGGGUUUUCGUCGACAAGACCGAAGGAUGUGUACACAUUACUUGCAGGUGUAAGUUUGAGUUCUGUUACAUAUGUGGAAAAAGCUGGAAUGAGAGCCAUUGGAACACUUGCAAGGAAUAAUAUAAUAGUGGUGAAUAAGUUUAAUUAAAUUAGUGAUAUAUAUAUUUUUAUUAUUAGUCAAGUGUGUUGAAUUAAAAUUCAAUUUUUUGCUCUUAUUUUUUUUUUGCUAGAGAUCUCUUGUAAUUAGAUUCAACAGCUCCAAAAACAAAACUACAAAAAUAUAUAUAAAUAAAGAAAAAUGAA